CUGAAUUGUAUGUGUGUGUUUUAACAUUAUUUAUAUAAACAAUGGAUGCUAGAAGAGGUAUCAAGGAAUUUUGUCAUAAAAUCAAGGAUCGUUUCAAAGGUAGGCCGGAUAAGAAGUCGAAUAAUUGCUACUGGCCCGAGUUAAUUUCAUACUGCGGUUGCUGCGAUCUAUCGACUGGUAUCUACAUUAGUUCGAUCAUAACACUGAUUAUAUCAACACUGUUUUUAGCUGUCAAUGGUACAAUAUUAAAUUAUUUGAUCAGUCUAGGUCCAAUAAUAUACAACGUUAACUUGACGGAUAGUAACAACUAUAUCGCAACAGACAGGGAGAAAGCUGAAAGUGAUCAGGCAUCACUGAUAUUUAUAUACAAAUACCUUGUCGCAUAUUAUAUUAUUUGGAUAUGUUUUAAGGUUAUAUAUAUACUAACGGUUGUUUUUACCGCCUAUGCGAUAUUUAAGAAAAAUACGUGGAUGUUGAAAGUUCUGCUUUAUAUAAGCGUGCCCAACAUGAUCUUGGACUUCUUUAUAUCCUUCAUCGGCACAGUGCUGCUCAGCGAUGGUUUAAAAUUCGUACUGGUUGUAUGUAACUUAUCCGAAGGCUACAACAUUUUAGCGAUAAACAGUGAAUAUAAAAGAAUGAGAGGUAAAUCAAGAUUAGCUGUGGAAGAAAUAGAAGCACAGCCAAGAACAGAACAAAUAUACGUAAACAGUUUUAUUACUGAACAGAGAGAACGAUACUAUAACAGACAUUACCAGAGCCAUUGCAGAAGUUGUUCCUGUUAUUUUGAAAAUAUUAAUAACAUUGUAACAACUGAUAUUAGAUCAGUAGCAACGAUACCUUUACCUGCAUUGGCUAUUAAUGAAAAUUCAAAUGAUAUCAUAGCGAAUCCUACAAGUACAAAUAUUUCGAAUACUGACAAUUUUAAUAAUCAAAAUGACCCAGCUAUCAUUGAAGAAGUUAAUGAGGCAGUCAUUGUUUCUCAAGACCAUCAAGUUGUCAGACCGAAUACAUUAGGACCAGUCAAAGCUAAAGGAAAAGUUGAUCUAUCAGACGUACCAUUUAUAUAUGAUGAGCAACAGUUAAAUGUUGGGUCUAGUCCGGUUAUCGAAGACAGACACAUAAACUCAUUAAAUGAUAAAAACGUAUGAAUCUAUAUACAUAAUUAAAAUUCAUUAUUAUGUUUUAAAAAUAUAAGACAUAUUGUGGAAAUAUUUGAGUAUGUUACUUGAAUAAAAGCAAAUGGUAGACGAAUACGAAGGUUGUUAAACUCGUGAAUAUUUUG